CGGAAGCGGGUGCAUGCGGAAGUGUGUCCCUGGCGUCCUGCCGUCGGGCCGCGCGAUUUGAGGCAUGGCUUUCCGGCAGGCACUUCAGCUGGCGGCCUGCGGUCUGGCGGGUGGCUCGGCCGCUGUUCUCUUCUCCGCGGUAGCAGUGGGCAAGCCGCGCGGCGGUGGAGAUGCAGACGCGCGCGCGACCGAGCCGCCGAUCUGGACAGGAGUCUCGCGUCCCGGGCCCACCGUCUGGGACUCCAACUGGGACAGGCGAGAGCCACUGUCUCUCAUUAACCUGAAGAAGAGGAAUGUGGAAUCUGGAGAAGAAGAACUGGCAUCCAGGCUGGACCACUAUAAGGCAAAGGCUACAAGGCACAUAUUCCUCAUCCGGCAUUCCCAGUACAAUGUGGAUGGCUCCCUGGAAAAGGAUCGCACUCUGACCCCAUUAGGUCGGGAACAGGCUGAACUUACGGGGCUCCGACUCGCAAGCCUGGGAUUAAAGUUCAAUAAAAUUGUCCAUUCCUCCAUGACCCGUGCUGUAGAGACCACAGACAUCAUCAGUAAACACCUGCCAGGUGUCUCCAGAGUCAGCACAGACCUGCUACGGGAAGGUGCCCCUAUUGAACCAGAUCCACCUGUCUCUCACUGGAAGCCAGAGGCUGUGCAGUAUUAUGAAGAUGGAGCCCGGAUUGAGGCUGCCUUCAGGAACUACAUUCACCGAGCUGAUGCCAAGCAGGAAGAGGACAGCUAUGAGAUCUUCAUAUGCCAUGCCAAUGUCAUCCGCUAUAUCGUCUGCAGAGCACUGCAGUUUCCCCCGGAAGGUUGGCUCCGCCUGUCCCUCAACAACGGCAGCAUCACCCACCUGGUGAUCCGACCCAACGGUCGUGUUGCGCUCAGGACCCUUGGGGACACGGGGUUCAUGCCCCCAGACAAGAUUACCCGGUCCUGAGGCUGCGUGUAGGACUGCACCCUCUCCUCUGCUGGUGGCCUGGCUGCAGCCUUCCCUUCCUUGUCUUCCCGUCCAGACUGUGCUGUGGCUUCACCUUGUCUCCAGGAAGAGGAUAUCUCAGUGUUACAUUUGGGUGCUUACUUCUGGCCCAGGCUGCAGAAGGCAACUUAUGGGUUAGAUGGCCUUUUUGAAAGCUUCCUACCUUACCAUUACCACUAGCAUUGCUCUACCAGGUGUAGACAGGAACCUUCUGGGGUAGAAAGCAGACAUAUCAUGGGGACUGAACUGGCCUACCAGUGCUGUAUCAGGUGAUUACAGCAGAUCAACUGAACAACCCAUAAGCUCUGGCAGAAAACCUGUCAGGAGUAUGGUGGUUGUUUACAACUCAUUGUUUCAUAUACUACAAUCUAGGAACUUUUGUUGCUUAAAUAUUUAUCAAAAAAUUUUCCUCACAUGGGCUCUUGCUUUGAAAACCCACUUGUCAGCUCAAUUAAGAGAUCCUGUGUCUACUGCAUCUAAAUGAAUUGAAGGGCAAAGGAAUUGGCUUCCGAUAAGGUAGAUACAAGGCAUGAAAGAAGUGGCGUUGCAGAAAGGCUGUGGCUUCUAUAUGGCAAGUACAUGACAUCCCUGUAAGAGGUUCUUUAGAGGCAAUGAAGUAGCCCAGACUGACCAGAUGAGGUGGCAUAUGCUUGUAAUUCUAGCACUUAGGAGGCCAAGGUAGGAUCAUGAGUUUCUUGCUAGCCUGAACUCUGUAGAAAGACCAAGUCUUAUAAACAAGACUAUCCCAGAAUGACUUAGUUUGCUACUGGUUACUGUUAACCUUUGGGCUUAUAGGCUAGGUUAUUUAGAAAUGAUGUGUUUACUCCAGAUAUUCUGAUAACUUAGUGAAAAACUGGUUUGUGUAUAUGUGUUUUUGCUUUUUGAGUCAGGAUCUUACUGUUGCCCAGGCUGGCCUCAAACUUAAGACCCUUCUCAGUCUUUUGAAUGUUGGGAUUGUAGAUAUACACUAUCAUACCUGGCCCAAAAAAUCCCAAUACAGUUUUUAUGAAGUGGUUGUGAGCAUUUUCUGUAAUUAAUACAAUGAAUUGGAAUAUUUGACCCAUCUCUCUGUCCUGUUUGGAAACAAGUAUGUAAUAAAAUUUUACUUCUUU